AGUUCCCCGCUCUUUCCCGAAGAGAGCAGAAAAAUAUUUUUUUAAGCAAAACUUUCUCUCUCUAGUUUCUCUCUCUAAAAACAUGCAGGAGCCUGCGACGAGCUCGCUGCCAUCGAGCAGCGAGAGGUCCUCUAGCUCUGCGCCUCAGGUGGAGAUCAAAGAAGGAAUGGAGAGUGAUGAGGAGGUAAGGAGAGUGCCAGAGUUCGGGGGUGAGCUGACAGGGGGUCCAUCAACCUCUGGCCGUGAUCCGUGCUCGGUAGGUGGGCCCGGCCAGGCCCAGUCCUCGGCCCAAGCCAGCCAGAGGAAGAGAGGGAGGAGCCCUGCUGACAAAGAGCACAAGCGCCUCAAAAGGUUGCUGCGGAAUAGGGUUUCAGCACAGCAAGCAAGAGAGAGGAAGAAGGCGUACUUGAACGAUCUCGAGGUGAAGGUGAAGGAUUUGGAGAAGAAGAACUCUGAGCUGGAGGAGAGACUCUCCACUCUGCAGAAUGAGAACCAAAUGCUCAGACAUGUGAGCCCUCCCUUUCCCUCUCUAAACUCCUCAUCUGCCAACACUAAGCUGCAUCAUUUUCACUGCAUUCAUGCAUGGUAACUGUAUCUUUGAGUUUGGAUGCGCUGGUGGCAUUUUGGGAAUUGACAGUUGUUGGGGGGAGCAAGAUAUUAGGGUUGUCAAGUUGGCAUGUUAGGACUUAGGGUCACAAGAUCUUGGACGGUGAGGGUUAUUUUGGGAAAUAUUUCAUCAUCUAUUUUAUCUUUUUUUUUGCUAAUAUAUUGUCAUAUCAUUAGAAUUUUGAUGCUGUGUGAUCUGCGUGCUGGAUUUGUUAGAAUAAGGAAAUGUCUGUAGGAUGGAUAUGAAUAUAUUAUUAUUUUACAAUUAGGUUGGUUGUGUAUUCUUAAAGGUUACAAUAUUAUAUUUACACAAGUAUUGGAUUUGUUGAUUGUCUUCUAUUUUAUUAGAUUGGUAAACUGUUUGAGGAUCAUGGGCAGGGAUGAUAACGACUUAUUAGGGUUGCCUAAAAUCAACAAGUUAUGGCCGAGCUAUAGUCCUCUACAGCUCCUCCCAUUAUCAUCUCUUCAUGCCACUCAACCAAAAAAAAAAAAUGUUAAGAUGUAUUAAUAGUUUAUAAAGCUCCAGAACAAGAUACAAAACCAAAGAGCCAAUAAAUACAUCACAAAAAGAAUUACAGUAAAAAUGCUUGGAGUUCAAGAUUAACUCCUUUGAAAAACCAUAGUAGAAGCCUGUGAAAUCUCUAACCAAGUAUGAACAACCAAUCUCCUGAACUUG